UCUCCCCACCGCAGCUCUACUUAAGGCUGCCCUUAGCGCGCCCGAGUGGGAGGCAAAGCGAACGGGCUCGGUCCUCCUCCUUGCUCCUGGUCCUCCCCGCCCCCCAAGCAUCAGCUCUGCCCCUCAAACCUGCACGCCUGGCGCCCGCACCCUUGCUAGGUGUGCUAGCUUAGGUCCCACUCCCCGCUUCCCCGCCUCCUUCUGCUGUCCGGAGGAGUCUGGUCUCUCUCUGAGUCCACAGGGGGUUGGCCGGGGCUAGUGAAGGAGCCGGAGGUGGGGCGCCAGGGUAUGGUGUUCGUUUGGGCGCCCGGGGCUUCUGGCAGCCGCCCGGACCAGUGACUGGGGCCAGUGGAGCCGGGUGGAGGCGGGGAGGACAAGGGGGGAGUGGUGCUGGAGAUCUAGGGAGAGACUCAAGGCGGCGGUCCGGAGGACAGGGAUAGCUGGAGGAGAGGCUGGAAUCGGGCACGGGACCGCGGGCGUACGGGAGCAGCUGGACAGGCGCUAAGAGGGAGGAAGAAGGACGUCUCCAAAGGGCACAGAUUAAAAGGAAGACUGAGAUUCAGAAUGCUGAAGUGAUUUGCCCAAGGUCACACAGCUUACAAUUGUCAGAGGCAGAAUCUGAAUUCAGGUCUUCUUAACAGCAAGUCCAGAGCCAUACCAUUUUCUCCUGAGCACAGAAUCCUACCAGUAUGAGUGGCAUUUGAUAAGUAACACCAGGACUUGGACUCACAGUUGGGCAGUAUUGAAGAGGGACCCCCUCCGUGCGUCUCCUUGGCUAUCAUGGCUGCCCCCUCCGCAGUGGUGCCAUUCUCCGUGGUGUCGCAGCCACAAUCCAUGGCUAUGAGUGAACCACAAUGCUACUACAAUGAAUCCAUUGCCUUCUUUUACAACCGGAGUGGGAAGUACCUCGCCACAGAAUGGAAUACUGUCAGCAAGCUUGUGAUGGGACUUGGAAUCACUGUCUGUAUCUUCAUCAUGCUGGCCAACCUGCUGGUCAUGGUGGCGAUUUACGUCAACCGCCGCUUCCACUUUCCUAUUUAUUACUUAAUGGCUAACUUGGCUGCUGCAGACUUCUUUGCUGGAUUGGCAUACUUUUAUCUAAUGUUCAACACAGGGCCCAAUACACGAAGACUGACCGUAAGCACCUGGCUUCUUCGCCAGGGUCUCAUUGACACUAGCCUGACGGCCUCUGUAGCAAACUUGCUGGCUAUAGCAAUUGAGAGACACAUUACAGUUUUUCGCAUGCAGCUGCAUACCCGGAUGAGCAACCGGCGGGUGGUGGUUGUUAUUGUGGUCAUCUGGACCAUGGCCAUUGUAAUGGGUGCUAUACCCAGUGUGGGCUGGAACUGUAUCUGUGACAUCACUAACUGUUCCAACAUGGCACCCCUCUACAGUGACUCUUACUUAGUCUUCUGGGCUAUUUUCAACCUGGUUACUUUUGUAGUAAUGGUGGUCCUGUACGCCCAUAUCUUUGGCUAUGUCCGACAAAGGACUAUGAGAAUGUCUAGACAUAGUUCUGGACCAAGGAGGAAUCGGGACACUAUGAUGAGUCUCCUGAAGACUGUGGUCAUUGUGCUUGGUGCAUUUAUCAUCUGCUGGACUCCUGGCUUAGUCUUGUUACUUCUAGAUGUCUGCUGCCCUCAGUGUGAUGUCCUGGCCUACGAAAAAUUUUUCCUACUUCUUGCUGAAUUCAAUUCUGCCAUGAAUCCCAUCAUCUACUCUUACCGUGACAAGGAAAUGAGUGCCACCUUCAGACAGAUCCUCUGCUGCCAGCGGAAUGAGAACGCCAAUGGCCCCACUGAUGGCUCAGAUCGCUCAGCAUCUUCACUCAACCAUACCAUCUUGGCUGGAGUUCAUAGCAAUGACCAUUCUGUUGUGUAGAAACCAAAUGGGAAAUGAAGAACCAGCCAUAGACUGUUGAGGGAGUACCGGGGAGAAUAACAAACUGAUGUAUUUCAACACUAAUCAACUACAGUAUUGGUUUCUAGAAAACCCACUCAUGCACAAGACUGGGUCAUGUAUGAGAACUGGCAUAUGCGAAAACACUCAUCCUCUUUCUCCUCUCCCCACUAAAAGUAGAAAGCUGAUUCCUUGUAAUGGAAUUCAUAACUAGAUCACAGAAGUCUCUUUAGGCUAUACUGAUUAGAUUUUCAAAGACUGCUUUGUUUUGGUGCCAGUUGAAAACAGUUCUGAUUAAUUAUGCUUGUGCCUGUUUAACUUCAUUUACAUGUAGAAACUUAGGCUCCCCCCCUUUUUUUAAAAGAAUACAUUUCAUGUAAUAAAUGUCAUGUUUAUGCCUAUCAGCAUGCUUCUGAUGGAUAUUUUAUGCAUAGAGAGAGCAUAGUCUUCGUAUUUUUUGGUACACUACCAUAACUUCAGUAUUUCUUUUUCCUCAUGCAGAAAACAGGAAAGCAAUGUAAAUUACAAUUAUUUCUUUUUUUUUUUAAAAGCAUGCAUGUAAUGUGUUUAUGCAGUUGUUUUAAUGAAAAAAGAAAAAAGAUGCUCAUUGUAAAAUCUUCUAAAAAACAGAAGAGCCUAGAUCUAAUUCCAGUAUUUGUUUAGAUUAUGAAAUAAAUAGUAUUCUAGUCUCAUGGUA